CAUGUUAUCGAGUGAUGUUAUCCGGGAAAAAUGUCUAAAAUUUUCACCUAAAUCUUGUUUUGAAGCUAUUUCUUAGAACCACGAAUGAUCGGCGACCGAUACAAGACAUGCACUGAAGGCUGGUAGUGUGGACAAGCUAUAUCGACCUUAACAUGCUUAGGGAUUGCAAAAAAUACAUAAUAAGAGCAAGAUUCUGACGGCGUUUUUGUAAUGUUUACUUCCCUUUGAUUGACUCGCACGUCGUCUUUCACGUACCAGGGAGUGUGCUGGCAUCCCAAUUUUGGAGAUCUGAGCUUGUAGUUUGGUGUUUUAUCGAGCACAGAUGAGGCAAUGCCCCUGAUUGAUGGAGGUAGCGAUAUCAACCUUUCAAAGUGGCAAGGGGUGUUCGUGACUGCUUUGAAAAAGGUUGCAAAAGAGGUUCAACCUGAGCUCGAGAUUGAAGAUGCAGCAAUUGACUAUGUUGAAAAGUUGAUCAUACAACUUUUGGGACACUUGUGCAUUGUGCAUCCGCACAGCUACAAAGAUGUUGAGGAACGGGUGAAGAAGACCUUCCCGAGGCCAAUUGAUCAAUGGUGUGUCGAGGAGGGGAUGCAAGCCGUGGGAAAGGGCAAGAAGAAGAACCCCCUGGUUCUACCAGUUGAUAAGAUUCAUCCAUUACUACAAAAGGAGGUGUUAGGUUAUAAAAUUGACUAUCCAGUGUCUUUAUACAUUGUUGCAGUGCUCGAAUAUAUAUCUGCAGAUAUACUGAAGCUUGCUGGAAAUUAUGUUAGGAAUAUUCGUGAUACUGCCAUCACAGAGCAGCAUAUCAAGGUAGCCUUGUGUGCAGAUAAGGUUUUACUAGAGAUGUUUGAAAGUGAUGAACUAGAAACCUCAGCAGAUGAAGAGCCCCUGGAAGAAAGACCAAUCACUCAUCAAGAUAUUGUCAAGGAAAUGAUGGUUUUUGAACGUCAAUACAUACGAACUUUAAAUAUGAUCAUUUUGGUUUUCAGAGAAUCGUUUGUUGAAGCUCAGGACCUUUUUACAGAAGAGGAUAUUCAAGUGAUUUUCACGAAUAUUGUUGAUGUUUAUGAAUUCACGGUGAUGUUUGCUGGUUUGCUGGAAAACGCGAUAGAAAUGGCCGAACAAGACCCCAGCGUCGUAGCACCAAUUGGCGAGUGCUUUGGGGACAUGACUGAGGCUCAAGCGUUCGAUUGUUACGAGACGUAUUUGAACGCGAGAACGAAGCCUUCUGCGUCGGAUAAACUUUAUAGGAAACUUGGUAUUUAUGGCAGACUCGGUGAGCUUCUUGAAAGACACGAUGUCGCUGAGUAUUUUCAGUCAAAAGGCGCAAGCUUUCACGAUGCCGUUAGAUAUGUUUUGCCAAGGCUUCUUCUGGAACCGAUUGGACACUGCUUACAUUAUAUAGAUUUAAUAAAGACGUUGUUGAAGACAGCACCGAGCAACGAGGAGCGAACCCACCUCAGCGAGGCGCUCAGUGUUAUCCAAGGUCUUCAGAGAACUAUCGAUGGAAUAACGAGUACGGGAACACUCGGUAGACAACGAAAAUCAGACGAUAAGUUCUCGAAAGCGCAAAGACGAAAAUCUAUGAUAAAACCGCCUCUGGGUAAACUGCGAGAUCUACAGAAGAAUAUCGAGGGCUGGGAGGGUAAAGACAUUUCUCAAUUGUGUACGGAACUUAUCAAAGAUGGAACUCUUUCAAAAAUUUCAAAAGGUGGAAGGAUAUCCGAAAGACGAGUGUUUCUUCUUGACAACUUGAUGAUAUUUUGCAAACAGAAUUCUAGACAUUCGUCGUCAGGACCUUUUCCAGAAUAUCGUUUUAAAGAAAAAGCGUUUCUACGAAAAUCCGACGUCAAAGAGGUUGAGGACACCGCGGAAUUGAAGCACGUGGUAGAAAUACUAGAGCGAGAUGGUCCGCACAUUACGAUCAAGUUUAAAACCUAUCAGGAGAAGGAAGAGUGGAUGUCUUCGAUAAUGAGUGUCUACUUGAAAAGUACCCUGGAUAGAAUCCUUGAUAAGAUCCUACGAGAACAUGAACUGGCGACGCCAUUACGUCUACCAAGCGUUGAAGAUUAUUGUUUCGCUGAAGAAGACGCAGAGGAUAAUAUAGUUUUAGAAGAGAAACAGAAUUCUGGAGGUGUUCCGGUGAUAAAGGGAGGAACUCUAGUGAAACUCAUAGAAAGACUAACUUAUCAUAAAUAUUCUGAUCCGAGUUUUUUAAAGACAUUUCUAACCACAUAUCGAUCGUUUUGUACGCCGCAGAAACUUUUAGACAUGCUCAUAACGAGAUAUAACAUUCCCGAACCUCCGCCGACGGAACACGACAAGGAAGAGAUUGAACGAGGGUCGUUGAUUGUCAGAGAGGAUUUGAAACGUUUUCGCAAAGAAUACUCGCAACCGGUUGCCUUAAGGGUAUUGAAUGCAAUCAGGCAGUGGGUGGAUAAUCAUUUCUACGACUUCGCUCGUGAUCCUGAAAUGACAAAAAAGUUGUUGUCUGAAAUGUUGUCCGAAACCUAUUCUGCGAAAGGUGGAGCAGUUUCCAAGUGGAUCGAGAGCAUUAAGCGCAUCAUUAAACGCAAGCAAGAAGACAUGGAGAGUCCCCGAGAACUGACUUUUGAAAAAGACCCGCCAGCCAUUGAAUGGCAUCUGACAGGAGAACCUGAAAAAUUUGAUAUUCUCACGCUUCAUCCGAUAGAGAUCGCACGGCAGCUGACGUUAAUUGAAUCAGAACUCUACAGAGCUGUGAAACCGUCUGAGUUAGUUGGCAGUGUUUGGACAAAAGACAAAGUUAAACAUCAGACUUCUCCAAACUUGUUGAAACUUAUCAAACAUUCAAACACGAUCACGUACUGGUUCAUGAAGAGCAUCUUGGAGAUGGAAAAUUUCGAAGAAAGAGUUGCUGUGUUGAGUCGUAUCGUGGAUAUCCUGAUGGUUUUUCAAGAGCUCAAUAAUUUCAGUGGAGUGAUGCAAGUUUUAAGUUGCAUUGAAUCAGCUGCGAUAAACCGUUUGCAACACACGUUCGUGGAACUUUCCGAGAAGCGAAAAGGAGCCGUUGACGCCGCGAAAGAGUUGAGCGCUGAUCAUCACAAGAAAUACGUAGAGAAAUUGCGAUCUAUCAAUCCACCUUGUGUGCCUUUUUUUGGAAUGUAUCUCUCAAAUAUUUUAAAAAUUGAAGACGGAAAUCCAGAUUUUUUACCAAACUACCCCGAGGGUAUGAUAAAUUUUAGUAAAAGGCGAAAAGUUGCCGAGAUAACAGCCGAAAUCCAACAAUAUCAGAACCAACCUUAUUGUUUGAAAGAGGAAACCACUAUUUGUACCUACUUAGAAAAUCUUGACCCAAUUGAAAAUCGUACUGACAAGGAAUUGGAAGAUUAUUUUUACGAGGCUUCGUUGAAAAUGGAACCAAGGAACGCAAAACAACUUCCCAAGUUUCCUCGUAAAACAGACUACAACUUAAAAGGUCCUGGAAUCAAAGCCACGUCACAGAGAAACUCCACGAUAGGCAUGGGAACUCUGCGUAAAGGAUCACAGCUCUCGAUCGCUCCACUGAUUUCUGAAGAAAGAGAAGCUCAGCCGCCAUCAACACCAACAGAAAGUCCUUCGCCACUGCAGUCUCCGAGUUUCAUCUCCUAUUCCGAUAGCGCUAUGUGGACACCUCUCAGCGAUGCAAACGAACAUGAAGACCCGUUCGAACAAAAGCAGGAGGCCCCUCCCCCUGUCAUACCCCCACGCAAACAGCGUCCUAUGUCUGACAGGAGGGUCCCCCGCCCUGACAGGGUGAUCAAGAGAGUUCAAUCCGAGAGGAUUAUCUCAACGGCCCCUCGGGAAGAAACCCAGGGGGCUACCGCUGCCCCACCCUUGCCACCAAAAUCACCCCACCACAUCGCACAGAGAGGUUCGACAUCGUUCUUUCCCGUCAGCGUUGAUUUGACCGAAGAAAUUGAACCAGAUGGUGACAAAAAUUCCGCUCCCCCGCCGUUGCCCCCCCGGAUGGGGUCGUCCUCCUCGUCGUCUCCUAUAAAAAGUCCGCCAUGUACUGAGGAAACUGAACCUGAACCAGCCGAACCCCCGGCAUUACCACCAAGACGUAUCUCCAAAACGUCCAGGUGAUAUACGACGCAUUUGGUACGAAGGGUAAAUUUGAAGGUAACUUACUUGCGCAAGUAUACGAGUUGCAUGAGAGUUGACAGUUGUUUUGGCCAUUUUAUCGACGAAAUUUAAUUUGGGUGAACACAGCUUUUAACUUGCGUCUGUCCUCAGUUCCAUGCCAGGCCAGGAAAUCAACUCUGAAUUGUACUGACUUACCUCGUCCAUAAAACAACGAAAUAUGAGUAGCGUUGCCUUGAAUAUUUUUGUACAGAAAAUCUGAACGUGGCUAAACUCUCAUGCAACUUUUGUUCUUAUAAUUCAUGAAAUGCGACAAAGAAGCUUUAAGUCGCUUCAGAGUUUGACCAGAAUCAGUAAAAGUUUGGAGUCUUGGCCUGAACUACUAUAUUUUUACCAGAACCAAAGCAGAGCUGUUGGUUUCAAAAAAGAACUCCAUUUUAAGACUUGAAGUUCCCUAGCAUCUCGAUAGUAAUAAUCUUUCAAAAAUUUCGAGUCAAUAUUUUCUCUUGCAACAUUUAAACGGAAUUUUUUCGCCAAAAAAUUAGAGUCAGUUUGUUUACCAAAUCCCCAGUGUGUGAAGUGUUCUUGCAUGCAUGUAGAAUGAACCGGAAUGUUCAAAAUAUGACAAAUGCCGAAGGGCAAAAUUUUGUAAAUUUUAAGAAAUAUUUACUGGCUAAAUGAAGUCAGUUGGAAACAAGACCGUAAUAAUUUUAGAUGUGAAAAGCUUGCUUAUUGCAAAAUUGUAACAUAUUAACAAAUUAUCUAUUUUAAAAUUAGAAUGAGUCGCGAUUUUUUAGUAGAAUUUGAAUGUCAAUAGCAAACAAUUUUAGUCCUGGUGUGAAAAAUAGAAUUAAUAAAUUUUAAAAAAU